UCCAAACCCCUGAUCGUUGUUAUCUCCAAACCCUAACCCUCCUCUUCUCCAAACCUUCGUAGUUGCCUGCGGUGCCUCCAUCGCAAGCAGAGUAACGUUGCUGUCCUACUUUCUACUCCAAACCCUAACCCAUCAAUCACCGACGAUGUCCAUAGUCUUCCCCAUCUGCGGUAGCAGCAGAUCUCAUCCCAAUGCAUGGUCGCCCAACCUCCAUCAAUAACAACUACCAUCACAAGAGGCUGCUUGUCCCUCAUUUUUAACAAAAGCUACCAACAAAUCGAAGGUACUCUCUCUCGAUCUCUCUUCCUUCGUCUCUGUCUCUCUCACUUCCCCUUUCGAUUAUCAGAAUUUAGGCAGCAGCCAUGGCAGCGGUAGCCAUAUCUGCUGCUGUCCAUGGCCGCCGACAUCUGCAUGUUAAUGGUUUGAAGAAAUGCUUCAAUCAAUAACGUGUACCACUAUUGUACAUUUAAUCUCUCUGUUUCUUUCAUACCUUUUCGGCCCAUCCAUGAGUGGACUAACAUGAUAUAUGGGAGGGGAACAUUCAACAUUGGUCCACCUCAUUAGAGGCAGUGAUCCCACACAUAUACCACUUUAGACCAUGUGUUUGUGCGGAUAGGGUAUUCCUCCUUUGUUUAUUCACUUCGAUGAUAAAAAAACUGUUAAUAUGCUGGCCCUCAACCUGGAUGGCUAAUGAUAUGGAAAUCCCCAUAUUGGAAGGUCGCAACUAUUGAAUAUUUGAUCUUUUACUAGAAUGUGAACUUUGGUGUCUUUAUUUUCUUAAUUGCGUAUUUGUUGGGCAACCUAUUGAAGUGUUUGGAUUUUUCUGUUUUUGGUAUUUUUUGGUGGAUGGUCCACCAGAGUGGGACCCAUCAUAUCAAUGGGUGGGAUAACUAAACUAUUGAUUUCACUUGUACAAACCAAAACCUUGAAGGAUGCUAUUAGAACAUCCAACAUAAGUAUUGUUAUAAUGCCUUGUUGAUUGAAAAGAAGCUAAAGGACUGGCCAAUGUCAAAAAUUUUAAAGCCACCCAAAUUCCGCCCAAACCAUGACAUUAAAUUUUUCCUUGAAUGUUGAGAUCAAAUCAUAAAUAGAAUAGCGUUUUUCAUAAUAAUGGAAUGGUCUUCACUACAUGUCAGCUUGAGUGAGUGCGUUUUGUGAAUUCAUGAAUAGGACAUUUUUUUCCUUUUUCUUUUUUGUUUUGUAAUAAUGAGGAAUGGUAACUUUUCCAUAUCCAUGCAUUAAUGUGCCAUAGUGGAGGAUUACUAUGAAUACCUAGGUGGAGCUCUUUUAUGGAAUGUCAUAUUCAGCCAAUGAUGAGAUUGUGUACUUCAAAGACCUUAUGAGCAUUCUAAAUGUGGUAUAUUUGAAAGGUACUUCAAAUAGUGCUUCUUUUCCAGGACAUUCUGCAUACCGUCACCUUCUUUACUAUGAUAUGAAUAGCAAGAAACAUCAUCAUUAAUUCUUUUGCCAUUUCCUUAUGAUUAGACUGCAUGCUGGCUAUUUUAAUCAAACAUUGCUCAGAUUUGUUGAAGAAAUGAAUGGCUAUUUAAAUCAAAUUUAUUUUUCUUCAAGAACUAUUAUUGCUCCUUAUGUUCAAUUUUUGUUUUCUUGUGAAACUUCUUUGCAGGUUCAUCAACAUAAAUUUUGCCCAAAAUGUGUAUAUAUGUUGUUGUAAUGUUGAGACGCAUGAUGGAAGCGUCUUGCAUUGAUGGGAUGUAGUACACGAUGAAAGUACCAGGCGUUUUAAAUCUACUAACAUUGAUGCCUCAAUUGAUUGCAGAUGUGCAUUUCUGCAUGAUGGCUAAGCAGGUAGAAGAUAGAACCCGAGAAUCUUUUACGUUACUCAAAUGUAUUCAAUGCAGGCACAAAUGUGAUCAUGGGGGUACCUUUAAUUCAUCAUCUUUAGGUCUAGAUGCUUCCCCUCACCAGCAUCAUUCCAACACUCUCUCUGAUGCUAACAUGGGUUUUGCUGGAUGCGCUUUUUCCGCUGCUGGGGCUGCUGUCCUGUCACCAAUCCAUGUUAAUCUGCUAGACAUUUUAAAGGGACUUGCAUUACCACAGAAGAAUGCCUAUUGAAUCCAAAUUGAAACCCAACAAUGAGUAAGGAACAAAUGGAGGAUGAACUGAAGAUGUAUCUUG